AUGAGAUGGCACAAAGAGAAGCGUCCUAACACAAAUGGAGUAUUGAGGCAUCCAGCAGAUGGAGAAGCAUGGAAGCACUUUGAUGAACAAUAUCCGAUAUUUGCUAUGGAUCCUCGUAAUGUCCGGCUAGGUGCUGCCACUGAUGGAUUUAAUCCUUUUAGUAACAUGAGUACUUCGUAUAGCAUGUGGCCAGUGAUGUUAGUGCCUUAUAACCUGCCACCUUGGAAGUGCAUGAAAGAGACUUUUUCGAUGAUGUCACUAUUAAUACCAGGCCCAACGGCACCUGGAAAAGACAUUGAUGUGUACUUAUGGCCUAUGAUUGAUGAAUUGAAAGAUCUAUGGACAAAUGGUGUCACCACUUAUGACAUCUCUAAAAAGGAGAGGUUUACAAUGCAUGCAGCAGUGUUGUGGACAAUACAUGACUUUCCAGUAUAUGGAACACUUUCUGGAUGGAGUACCAAAGGAUACAAAGCAUGUCCGACUUGUAAUGAAGAUACUUCUUCCCAAGCUUUAAGAAGUAAGAUUUGUUACAUGGGACAUCGUCGAUAUUUAUCCAUAAAUCAUGCAUGGAGAAAUAAUCGACAAUAUGAUGGAAAGCCUGAACGAAGGUUAGCUCCAAGGCAGUUUUCAGGAGCUGAAAUAUUACAACAGUUAGAUAGGACAAUUGAGAGCAGACCGGGGAAACAUCCUAACAAUGUGGAUAAAAAGAGAAAACGUGCUGCCUUUGGAACAAUGUUGGACAUCAAAGGUAAGUCGAAGGAUACUGACAAGGCACGUAUGGAUUUAAAGGAUCUGAAUAUUCGAAAAGAAUUGCAUUUACAAGAAACUGGAGUUCACCUACCAUAUGAGGCAAAAAUGGCAGGACCAGUACACACUCGUUGGAUGUAUCCUUUUGAAAGAUUCAAUCGGCCAGAACCUAAUAAAGAUGGUGAGAAUCAGAUUGCUUCGAAUUUGUCAGUAUUCACUCAACCUGUGAACUUGUUGGGGAAACCUCAAUUUGUUGAACUGAAAGAUGAUGAUUAUAAAAAAGCUCAUUGUGAGCACACCAAACUAUUGCAAAACAGAGGUGUCACAAGUAUUCUGCAGGUACAAGAAAAGGAAUUUCCACAAUGGUUUGAACAAAGGAUAAAAUAUUUCAGUAGAUGUAAAUAUCCAAUGGUAACUGAUGAGUUGUACUCACUAGCAUGUGGUCCUGAUUAUGGAAUAAGAUCAUAUAGUGGAUGUGUAGUAAAUGGAGUUCGAUAUCGCACAAAAGUUCGUGAUGAUAGGCGUGUCACUCAAAAUUGUGGAAUUUGGGUUGUAGGUGAUCAUGAUGGUGAAUCUUGUGACUUUUAUGGGGUAAUAGAAGACAUUCUUGUGUUAGACUAUAGGUCCAAACACUCUGUUGUACUUUUUAGAUGUGCAUGGUUUGACACAAAUGUGAAAAAGAAAAAGAUGAUCACAGAGUUUCAAAUCACAAGCAUUAAUGUCACUUCAUAUUGGUAUAAGAACGACCCUUUUGUCCUUGCCUCACAAGCUAAACAAGUGUUUUACGUGGAUGAUUAUAAGAUGGGUCAACAUUGGAAAGUGGUUUGA